AUGGCUAUUACUAUUGAAAUUAAGCAUCUUAUUGCUAUUUUCAUAAUAUUUUGGACAUGUGCAUACCCAGCCAUGUCUAGAACACAGCUUGAAUCAUCUGUUGCCAACACAUUCCAGCAAUGGAUGUCACAAUAUGAACGAUCCUACGCAGAUGUUGCCGAGAAGGAGAAACGUUUCAAGAUAUUUAUGAGGAAUUUGGAAUACAUAGAGAAUUUCAACAACGGUGCAAAUAAGAGUUAUGUGUUGGGGCUGAAUCAAUUUGCGGAUCUUACUUAUGAAGAGUUCAUUGCUUCACGUACUGGACUCAAAUUGCCAACCCUAUAUUCAACGAACUCAGUUGCACCAAUUUUAAAUCUGAGUGAUGUUCCUCCAAGCAUGGAUUGGAGAGAGAAACAAGCUGUCACCAAUGUCAAGGACCAAGGCCAAUGUGGAAGCUGCUGGGCCUUUUCAGCUGUGGCAGCUAUGGAAGGCAUCGUGAAAAUCAAAACUGGGAAAUUGAUCUCACUGUCGGAGCAAGAAUUAGUCGAUUGCAACCAAGGGUGUGGUGGAGGUUUCAUGGAUAAAGCCUUCAAUUAUGUCAAACAAAACCAGGGUCUUGCUAGUGAAAACGAUUAUCCAUACCAAGGAGUGGUUGGAACGUGCCAAAAUGGGAUGGCACGUGCAGCCCAAAUAAGUGGUUAUGUUGAUGUACCUGCCAACAAUGAAGAGCAACUGUUACAAGCUGUGGCCAUGCAACCUGUCUCAGUUAUCAUUUCCACAGAUAAGGAAUUUCAUUUAUACAAAGAAGGCAUAUUUACUGGACCAUGCGAAACAUUCACACAAGACCAUGCUGUUACUGCAAUCGGAUAUGGAACAAUGGAAGAUGGUACUAAGUAUUGGUUGGUUAAGAAUUCGUGGGGAGAAGGUUGGGGUGAACGUGGCUACAUGAGAUUGCAAAGAGAUGUUGGUUAUCCUGAAGGUCUUUGUGGCAUUGCUAUGAGAGCUUCUUAUCCCACAGCCUAA